GAAUUCGUUGUUUCGAGACCAUUUGUCAAAGAUUUUGAUAGAUGCGUUCUGUCAAUAAACUAUUUAAUAAUCUAUUUUAUUGAAUUUUAAACAAUUACGAAGAAUUUUUAACCCUGUUCGGAUGGUAUUAUAACAAUAUGUGUAUCGGUCCGUUAAAAAAAAUAUGCCAUUGGGGACCGCUUACUGCUUUAGGAAUUAUAAAAAUUAUCACAUUAAUAACAAUACAUUGUAGUAGACAAUGGUGGCCACCUCAAGAAAGCCUUUGGGCAACAGCAAAUUUUUGUUUCUUUUUUUUCUUUAGCGGAUCAACUCUUUUUCAUUUCAUCAGUGCAAUUUUUGAGGGGCCUGGAUUUUUACCAUUAAAAUGGAGGCCGGAACAAGCCACAGAUGUUCAAUUUUUACAAUAUUGUACCGUUUGUCAAGGAUACAAAGCACCAAGGUCUCAUCAUUGCAGAAAAUGUGGUCGUUGUGUUAUGAAAAUGGAUCAUCAUUGUCCAUGGAUAAACAAUUGUGUUGGUCAUCAUAAUCAUGGACAUUUUACAGCAUUUUUGGCUAGUGCAGUUGGCGGUUGUUUCAUUUCCACCGUCAUACUAAUUUCUUGGAUUGUUACUGUAUUAUCAUUAAAGCCUAUACCAUUUCCACCACCUUCUGUUUUUACUUUGAUUUUAGUUAUUUUCACCAUCGGUUUAUCAAUCGGUGUGGUUCUUACUGUAGGAAUGUUACUUUACUUUCAGAUGAUGUCUAUUAUAAAGAAUAAAACUGAAAUAGAGGAUUGGAUAUCAGAAAAAGCAUAUCAUCGUAGAUUUGGUACAGAUGAAAAGUUCAUUCAUCCAUAUUCAAAGGGGUGGCUAUUUAAUAUGAGACAAGUUUUUACAUGGGAUUGUUCUCCUGUAGGUGAUGGUAUAAAUUGGCCUGUGAUCGAUGGCUGUGAUCAAUACACAUUAACGAAAGAGCAAUUAGCACAAAAAAUGGAUAAACGGAGAAGGGCACGUAGAUAUAGGAUAAUAAAACCUUCUUCUGGCUCGUGGUUACCAAUUCAACAUGGUUGGGGGGUAUUGUGUCAUCCUCCUUAUACAGACGAAACACGAAUUAAACUAAAUGUGACAGAUAUUGUGAUUGUCACACGUUGGCGAAGAUAUUGGUUAUUUGGAGAAAAGGAACAAAAGGCUAUAAUUGAUUUUCCCAUAAAACGAGUACGAGGAUGGUUCCCGCGACCAUGUGCAAUUGAACUCAUAGAAAGUAAUCAAUAUACUUUGACAUCAUCUAAAUCUGAUUAAAAAUUUAUUUUAAAAUGAUAGUGCUUUUAGAUAUAGAGUGAAAAAUAGAAAAUAAGUAAUGCCAUUUCUACCGUAGAAUUAAAAAAAGGUAAUGCCUAAUGAUUUUGUGACAUUUGAAUUCAUUCAUACUGUUAGAUUCAUGUUAACAAGCUCUAUUAUGUUACAAAGAAAAACAAUAAGAAACAAUUUUAUAUUAUUAAAAGAAACAGAAGUAGUACUCUGAAAAUUACUGCUUUUUUCUUAGCAUUGCUAGAAGGUAUUUUUUUCAAACUAACUCCUUUGAAAGUAUUACCUAUUUUAAUUGCACGGUCAAAGUACAGUACUAUAUUUUCAGUGGUGUACCGUUUUUUAACGUGAAUAUGCAUCAGCCAUUAAUGUCAUUUUAACAAACAAUAGACAAGAAUGUUCUAUAUGUAUUUAUAUUAAGAUGCCAUAACUCAUAUAUGUAUAUUGCGUAAAAUCUAAAAUAAUCUAACUCAGGUUUAAAGCACUUUAUAUAUUCUCAUAACAUUUAAUCUUUUAAAUUAAAUAACAGAUAAAUUCUAAGGUUCAAUAUUUUGAAAUAGUCGUAUAAAUUUUUAAUAGUAAAUUAUUAUUUAUAUUUUUAAAAAGAUUACAAAUAAUGAGAAUUUAUAAUAUAAAAAAAUCAUGGUAAUUGUUUUUAUGUAUAGAAGAAAGUAUAUCUAAUUAACAUGUCUUAUUGUACUUUUAGUUUAGCCGUAACGUGAGCUGGUAUUAUUACGUAUGAUCACUAAUUCCUAUGACAAUAAAAUAUAAGAUAUAUUCUUAGAACGUGAACCGUAAACACUGUUCUCAGGGAUGUGUUUUCCAUGUAGAAAUUAAAUAGUUUUGAUCAUUAAUCUGAACAAAUGAACAAAUGUUCAUGUAAUAAUAAUUCUAAACUAUUAUAUCAGACACGUUAAAUUUCAUUUAUUUGUAUUUUUAUACAUUAGUAUAACAUAACGAUUUUAAGUCUGUGAUACUUUUGCUAUUAUUUUUUGUAUUUGUAUUGAAUUAAAUGACAAAUAUGUAGAUUUAAAAAAUAUUCUUAUGUUGCUCGUGUGUAAAAUUAACAUUUUUAUAUUAAACUUAAUACAUACCAAUACCUACACAUAUGUAAUUUACAACGAUAGAUAAAAACAGUACGAUAAUCUAAUUUCACACAGAAUGAUUUAAGGAAAUUCAUUUUAUGUGACAUUAUUAAAAAUUAUAUCAAUUAUAAUUGCAAUCUGUCAAUAUGUACAAUAAGAUUUAUUAUAUGCGUCUAAGAUAUUCUUUGUAAUUAUUUUCUAUUAAAUUAUGCGAUGCACAUACACUCACUUUAAAAGUAGUAUAAAAUAAAAGAGGACCAUAUGAUAUGUGAAUAAUUUGUACAAUUGUAUUAACAUGAAGUUCAUGUUAUGAUAAAAAUAGAGUAUUCAAAUAUCUGUAUGAAGUUAAUUAUUGUAAUUUCAUUAUAUUGUUCUUUAUUAUGUGAAUAAUUAAAGCAUUAUAUACUCUUUUUAUCAGAUAAUAUUGUUUUUCUAUAAGUACUCUUAUAUAAUGUAUUAUACUAAUUCUUUUUCGGAAGAAUAUAGUAUUAACGUUAUACAACAACAAAUAGACAUAAUGAAAAAGCAUCUAUAUAUGUAAGUAUGUCAAUAACAUAACACGACAGUCAAACAUCGGACGAAUCGUGUAACGAUUGGUAUGUAAAUAUAAAACCCACGUCACGGCGAGUGUGGCAUUCAACAGUGAAAGGGUCGGAUUAGCUUCUGCGAUUAGAGAACUCUCUGCUUGAGUGCGUUAUUCAAAUAUUCGAAUUGUUGCAAAAAUAUAUUUAAUGAAAGAAUAUUGUAAUAUUGCAAAAUGUAUAUUUUAUAGCCAUGCUUACACUGCAUUUCAAACAUUGCUUCAGAAGAAGUAGAGAAACAACA